CCUCAACAUAUUCUCGCUUGUUUUUCCAGGGUUCCGAAGGCCCCACGUCCGAUCGAGGCUCCGGAACCGUUGCGUCCUGUUGAGGUCAACGGGGCGAACACCGCCGCUGCUGCUCCGGCUGCGGCAACCGCAAACUCUACUCCAAACGCCCCUGCUCUUGAGCAAGCCCUUCCUGCUGAGGGCAUCACGACUCCCGAAGAUCCCUUGCUGGAGAUCGACGAGGACGCUGCAGCGACGCCCGAAGAGCGCUCAGCCAUCCUGAGGUCCUUCUAUGAGGAUGACCUGGCUGAUGACUCCCUAGGCGCGAUCAGCUGCACGAAAAUUCUCGUCGAGGAGUACUACGACCUUGACGACCCCAUCUUUGGAGACAAUCCGUUCUUACCUUCGCAACAACCUGCCGUUCACACCGAUCUUGGCAAUUACGAGGGCGAGGACUUUGACGCAGCGGAGUUGGCACGGCAGUUCCUGAACGACAGGCCCACGAGCUAG